AUGUAUACAUUUUUAGCUAAACAAAAAUUAGAGACUAAAAAUUUAAUGUGUGAAGGGUGGACUCGAGGUGAUCACGUCUUACAACCAAAACACAAUAAAAACAUAGAACAUAAUAAAAGCUAUUCAAAAGAAGGAGUGGAAGACUUGUCUGAGAAUCAAAGAUCAUAUUGCCAUUAG